CCAUCACCACCCCAUCCCACCGCACCACCAACGAGAAAAAUUUAUGUUGCCUUCUGGUUGUGUUCCGUAGGCGGCCUAUAUGAAAAUCGCCACUUGAAAUCAUGGAGGCAACUCUCCAUGCUUGAAAUGCAUUUGUAGAACGUUUUGACCUUCCUUCCGUAAAUCGACCUGUAUAAAGCCUGAGUAUAGUGAAGUAACUUCGUGCUUGUCUUUGCUGAGUUGCUAAAGAACAAAUGGGAUUGUAGGGAUCUAGGGAAGUUCAAUCAAUGGUUUGUAAGUAAAACGAAGUAUUUGCGUCUUGGAGUGGUUUUCGAUAUUGCAUUGUGUAUGACGUUGCGAAUUGAAAACGAUGGCUGGUGAAGUUGUUGUGGAUGCAUUACCAUACAUUGACCAAGGUUACGAUGAACCUGGGGUGCGAGAAGCUGCUCUGGCCAUGGUUGAAGAAGAAACAAGACGUUAUAGGCCUACGAAAAAUUAUUUAGAACAUCUACCGCCGUUGAAUUUGACAGCUUUUGAGACAGAAAUAAUGCGAAAUGAGUUUGAGAGGAUGCAGCAACGCCUUCCAAUGGAUGUUUUGAGUAUGAAGCGUUAUGAACUUCCACCACCUCCUGCUGGUAAGAUGACUGAUAUAGCUGCAUGGACAGAGUGUGUUGAAAAUUCCAUGGCACAGUUAGAGCACCAAGCAACAAGAAUUUGUAAUUUGGAACUGAUGGUGGAAUAUGGUUGUGAAGCUUGGAAGGCGUAUUUGGAGACAUUGGUUCAGUUAGUUACACAGGCGCAGAAACAAUUGCAGAGCAUGAGGAAGCAAAUUCAAGAGAUUAAUUGGCAGCGAAAAAACAUGCAAACUCAAGGUGGUGAAAAACUGAGGCAGCUUGAAGCACAGUGGGUAGGCCUUGUGAGUAAAAACUAUGAAAUAGAACAAGCAUGUGCACAAUUAGAAAAGGAAGUGGAAAAAGUGAGGCCAAAGAAAACAGAAACAAACAAUGAAUGAAGUUUUGCUAUGACUUUGUAUUAAAAAGAAUCUGAUUUUACUGUAACAAUAUAUUUAUUGCAUACAUGGUAUGUUCUGUAUAUUACAUAUGUACAGCAGUAAAAUCAUGUGAAACAUA